UGAAGUAGAGGAAGCAACUGUUGAUCUGAUUCAUUAAGUGUGCUUCAAUCAGAGUUUAAUCCCUUUUAAUUGGAAGAGCUUCUCCCCAGGCACUGACAGAGAGUGUGAAAGCUGGACUCCUCCGACAGGUGUUAGUGGAGGUUGCCAGAUCUGCAUAAAAGGGCAGCGUCUUCCCGGAGAGCUCAAACACCUGCGGAAGCAUCAAAGGAUUAAUGAAAUGGUCGAAGAUGAAAGGAUGAAACCACCUGAACCCUGGCAACAUGUGGCGGGAGCAGCAGCAUCUCCAGACGUCUGUCAUAUGAAGCAUGACUGCGCGUGACACUUUGGAUGGAGCGCAGGAGGAUGCGCACGAGGACGUGCCAGAUCUGUACUUGACACUAUAGCAGCAUAAAUAUAUGUCUCAGAUCAUAUCCUAGCUGUUUUAGAAGGAUAUCACAGUAAGUUUAUCAUGGCUGGUCCUCAGAGCGGCUCAAACGUAACGCGUAAUUUCACAAAUCAGUUCGUGCAGCCGCCGUGGCGCGUCGCGAUUUGGUCGGUCGCGUACAGCUCCGUUCUGGCGGUCGCUGUGUUCGGAAACCUCAUCGUUAUUUGGAUCAUUUUGGCUCAUAAACGGAUGCGCACCGUGACCAACUAUUUCUUGCUGAACCUGGCGUUCUCCGACGCCUCGAUGGCCGCCUUCAACACGCUCAUCAACUUCAUUUACGCCACGCACGGAGAGUGGUACUUUGGAGAGGUUUACUGCAAGUUCCACAACUUCUUUCCCGUGACCGCCGUGUUUGCCAGCAUUUACUCCAUGAGUGCGAUUGCAGUCGACAGGUACAUGGCUAUAAUUCACCCUCUGAAGCCCCGGCUGUCAGCUACCGCUACUAAAGUGGUGAUUGUCUGUAUUUGGGCCCUGGCGGUGAUUUUGGCCUUCCCGCUGUGUUUCUACUCAACCACGAGAACUAUGCCUCGCAGAACCGUCUGCUACGUCGCCUGGCCGAGACCUUCUGAGGAUUCGUUCAUGUAUCACAUCAUAGUAACGGUGCUGGUGUACAUGCUGCCCCUAGUGGUCAUGGCUAUCACCUACACUAUAGUCGGGGUGACACUUUGGGGAGGAGAGAUUCCUGGAGAUUCAUCGGACAAUUAUGUUGGACAACUGCGAGCCAAAAGGAAGGUGGUGAAGAUGAUGAUCGUGGUGGUGGUGACAUUUGCCCUCUGCUGGUUGCCCUAUCACGUCUAUUUCAUCGUGACGGGCGUAAACAAGCGUCUGAACAAGUGGAAGUCCAUCCAGCAGGUCUAUCUGUCUGUGUUGUGGUUGGCCAUGAGCUCUACCAUGUACAACCCCAUCAUUUACUGCUGUCUGAAUGGCAGAUUUAGGGCCGGUUUCAAACGAGCCUUCAGGUGGUGUCCCUUCAUCCAGGUAUCCAGCUACGAUGAACUCGAGCUCCGUCCCACCCGUCUCCACCCACGCAACCAGAGCAGCAUGUGCACCCUGUCCCGCAUCGACACCAGCGUCCACGGCGACGACCCGUGCCGCAGCAACCGCAAGAGCACCAAGUCCCUGCAGUGUCAGGUGGAGGUCAAAGACGAAAGCACAGCAGCGACUAAACUCUGUCUUCACAGAGAGCCCACAUUCGCAACCGAGCAGCUCAGCUAAAGGGCCAGACCAGACGUGCAUCGGAUUGUGGUUCUGUUAGAGGUGCUCCAUUACAGACCUAAAACAAAGUGAAUACAUCCACAGGUUUUGUAUAAACAACGUACUGUACAUUUCAGAGUGUGCAUUGAGACUAAAUGCACUCAAACCUGUAGCAUGAUGAAGUAAUACUGCCUCCAAGUGGAGAACUGUGAAUGUUUUCAGUGUAGUCUAGCAUACUACUCAAUGCAUGCUGCCUAGUAUAUACUGCAUACUGCCUUCUUUUUUUCUUGAAAUACAACACAGCAUAGUACAUAUUAUGCAAUGAUAAACAUUUAAAACAUGGUAU